ACAUAACAACAUAUCUCAUCUUUCUGAAUGACCACAUCGCUUGCUAAGUCCUUUGGAGAUGAAAAAGAAGAAUCGCGUCAGUGUCAAAGUUGAAAAGACUGUCUCUCCAUCUAGCAUAUCCCCAAGCACUCCGCUCCACCUUAAGAUGGCGCCUCAAGGAGUAGAGGAAUUCCUCGUGUCUCUAAAAGAGUACCACAAUAGUGAUGCGCUCUCCGACGUCACUGUUACCUGCGAUGGUCAGGAGUUCAAGGCUCACCGGGUCAUCUUGUCUGCCCACUCCAAAUGCUUUGCCAAAGCGCUGAAUGGCGACUGGAAGGAGAGUUCCGAGAGAAAGAUCGACAUUAAAGAUUUCGACCCAAGUGUCGUUGAAGCAAUGCUCCGAUUCAUCUAUUCAUUUGAAUACAGCAACACUUACGGCACUUCGAGUAUGGUGUUUGACGCCCAGAUGUGGCAGAUUGCCGACAAGUACGACAUUCCUGCCCUCAUGGCGGAGUCAAAGAAGAAGUUUGAGAUUACUGUAACCACCGGAUGGAGCAUGGAUGACUUUCCACUUGCUGUUGCUGUUGCCUACGAGUCGGUCCUCCCGGGACUUCGCGACAUCGCUGUGGAGACUGCUAGUAAGAACAUUGACGAGUUAAUCGGGAAGGAUGGCUUUUGUGAACUCAUAAGAACGGCGCCGCAUUUCACAGCGGAUCUUAUCCAAUUUGUUUGUGGCAAGUCGUCGGGGUUUCGGACCCAGUAUGAGUGCCCGUCAUGCAAGAAAAGAUUCCGCGGAGAAUUCUCAGGAGAGCUUCGCUAUUGUCCGUGCUGCUCUCGUCAUCAACCAGACUGGAAUCCCUCCAAGGUUGCCUGAAGAUGGAUGGCUAUUCUCAUAGCCUAGUUGGUCAGGAAGCAUAGGUCAAACAUAGCCCAAUCGAACAGGUCGCAUAUUUUGCCCAAAAGCAGACAAUUGAGACACAAUUCACUGAGAUGAGGGGAAAUUAUAAGAAAGUAGUAGCAUUACAG